CGAUUUUUGAGGAAUCCUAUGCAAAGUGUAUGGAAACCACCUACUCAGUUAGGAUGGCUACACACCUUAAAAGCAUUUGGCAACAUUUGGAAAGAUUUACAAUCUGCUGGUCUUGAAUCAUUUCGUCCAAGGUACCUAAACCAAGAUGCGUUAGAAAAUUUCUUUGGUUCCAUCAGAUCCAGUUGUGGAUGUAAUGAAAAUCCUACUGUAACUCAGUUCAUAGGCGCAUUUAAAACACAAGUGGUGAAUGGUUUGGCAAAAGGAAAUUUAAAAGGAACUAAUUGCGAGGAAGACAGCCUUGAGCUUUUAAGCAAUUUUAAAGAAUUUUUAGAAAUACCAACACUACAGCCAAUUAAGGAAGAAGAACCUACAACAACUUCCGUUAAUGAAUUAACAAUGCAAACCCUGCCUCAAGAAGUAUUAACUACAAAUGACAUUCAAGACUUAAUUUCAUCUGGAAGUGUCCAUUCCUUGUCAGUUGCAUAUGUAUCAGGAUAUAUUGUGAAGCGAAUUUCCAAAUCCUUCAAUUGCGAUGUGUGCAUGUCUAUUUUAACAUCUGAUGACUUGGAACCAUUUAAUGCUUUUAUUUCGGCCAAGGAACUCUCUGGCGAUACUAAACGAUUAUUUUAUCCAUCCGAAUCUUUAGUAGUUACAGUAGGUCUUGCAAUCACAGAAGUAGAACGUAUAUUAACAACAUACAGGAAAUGCAAGAACAUAACGAAUAUUGGUAAAGGAAUAAUUAAUGAAAAGGUCGAUUUCUCAUUCUUAAAUAAAUGUCUUGAACACGCAGUAUAUAUCAGAGCCGCAAUUAUAACCAGCGUGUGUAGAAUAGGUGUACCUUGGUAUUGUACGAGGGCAGUACGAGAUAUGAAAAGUGCUAAGAGGCAGGGCACAAACCGACAGAGGUCGACGUUUCAACAUAUAUAA